AUGGAAACGAACCAUCAGCUAAUCGAGCUGCUACGUUCAGGUGGAUUCAACAUGCGAAAAUGGAGCAGCAAUAGUCCCACUGUGCUCUCCCAAAUUCCGGAAUCGCUUCGGGACGCUCGAACAGAACUCGAUAUCAGCCAAUCUGACUCGGUGAAAGCUCUUGGACUUCUUUGGCACCCACAGUCAGAUGAAUUUAGCUUCAACGAUCCAGAUCUCACGUCUUCUGAGCCAAUCACAAAGCGUUUGGUUCUUUCUCAGAUGUCACGCCUUUUCGACCCGAUGGGAUUAGUUGGGGCAUCCAUCGUAGGUGCAAAAAUCUUUUUGCAAGCACUGUGGUUCGAAAACUUCAACUGGGACGACAUUUUGCCGGAGCAAUAUCAAAAGUGGUGGAUCCAGUUCCGCAACGAGAUUGUAACGCUAUCUUCGCUUCGAAUUCCACGUCGCAUUCUCAUCGAAGACUAUCGAGCCGUAGAAUUUCACGUCUUUUCAGACGCUUCCGAACAUGCGUACGGCUGCUGCAUGUACGUCAAAUCUAUAAGCUCUACUGGGGAACAGCAAUGCAACCUGGUGAUAGCGAAAUCGCGUAUCAGUCCACUUCGUAAUUUGUCUAUUCCUCGUCUCGAAUUGUGUGCGGCAGUUCUCGGCGCUCAAUUGGCCGAUUUCGUAUUGGAUUCGACGAAGCUGGCUUUCCCGGUUACAUUUUGGACCGAUUCGUCGAUCGUUCUUCAUUGGAUAGCUUCGUCUUCUACGCCGUGGAAGGUAUUCGUUUCGAAUCGGAUUGCCGAAAUUCAUCGGCUGACAGGAGGAAGUAUGUGA